AUGGAGUUCACAACAGUACGGACAGGGGUCGCGGACACUUACUCCUAUCAGACCACUCGAAAUCAUUCAUCAGAUGACUGUUCACUUGAAAGUCCUCUGAUGACAAUAGUGUCUCCCAUUCUCUACAGCAUUCUCUUUAUCCUCAGCCUGUCUCUGAACGGCCUGGCAUCAUGGGUCUUCCUCAGGAUCCCCAGCAAAUCUAAUUUUAUAAUCUACUUAAAGAACAUUGUUGUGGCCGAUAUUAUCAUGACUCUCACUUUCCCUUUUAAGAUCCUCAGCGACUCGAACGUAGCAUCCGUAGGGACGCGUGUCUUUGUCUGUCGUGUGUCAUCCGUGCUGUUCUACCUCACUAUGUAUAUCAGCAUUGUGUUUAUUGGCCUGAUAAGCAUUGAUCGCUGUAGAAAGACCAUGUGGCCUUCUGCCGUCACCAGCCAGAGACGCCUGCUGCACAGAAAGCUCCUCUCAUGCUUCAUAUGGGCCUCGCUCGUGGCUCUUUGCCUACCAAACAUUAUUUUGACUAGUCGUACGGACACUUCGGGUCGCUUUAACUGCACUGGCCUGAAGACACAGAUGGGACUAGUAUGGCAUGAGGUGGUCAUACUUAUUUGCCAGGUGAUCUUCUGGGGAAACCUGAUAGUUGUGAUAAUAUGUUAUGUUCUCAUCUCAAAAGAGCUCUACAAGUCUUACAAUCGAACAAGAUCUCAACAUGCAGUGAGCCAGGGACAGCAGAAGAAAUCCAGUAUACAGGCUAACAUCUUCCUUGUAUUGGCUGUCUUCAUUGUUUGCUUUGUACCUUACCAUUUUGCCAGAGUGCCGUACACCAACAGCCAGACAAGAGGACAGAUGUUUAGCUGCCAGGAGAAGUUGUUAUUGUUCCUGUGGAAGGAGAGCACGCUGUGGUUUUCCUCUCUUAAUGCUGUGCUGGAUCCACUCAUCUACUUUUUCCUUUGCAAGUCUUUCAGGAAAUCUCUGUUUAACACUCUCAGUAUCUCUCCUGGAUGCUGCAGAGAUGUCAGGACAGACACUGGUAAUAUACAGAGAGAAACUUCAGAAAAGCAGAACGAUCUCUUAUAA